CGUCAGUCACGCGGAAGUCAGCAACGCGGAAGUAGCGGUGCGGAAGUGCCCGCGGUUGCCAUGGUAACCGAGGCCGGCGGGCGGCCAUGGGCGAGCUGGGCCCCGAGGGCUCCGGGGGCGCUCACAGGCUGCGGCCUGGCCUGCGAUUUAAGUCGUCCACGGUGAAAGAAUGCAUCCAUGCGAUACUGAAGGAGAAGCUGGCCGAUGCUCAGUACAUCCCUGAAGAAGUGCCUCAACUUACAAAGUCUUUAUCAGAGAUAAUAAAAGACAGGCUGAAAGAGGAGGGAUUUGACAGGUACAAAAUGGUGGUGCAGGUUGUGAUUGGAGAGCAGAGGGGAGAAGGAGUGAAUAUGGCUGCACGUUGUUUCUGGGAUGCUGACACUGACAGCUAUGCUCAUGAUGUUUUCGUUAAUGACAGCCUCUUUUGUGUGGUAGCUGCAUUUGGCUGCUUCUACUAUUGAAGAUGGUUCAGAUUGCACAAAAGGACAAAGGAUACACAGUUGGAUGUUUGGAGACCAAAAUUGUUAGGACUCGAGCCUUGAAAGGAGCGAUAGAAAAGGCUGCUGUAAAUCAGAAAGGGAGCUCCAAAAUCUCUUAUCUCCCCAGAAUUUAGAGGAUGAGGUUGGUUCCUGAGAGAUGGGUGCUACUGGAAUGCAUCUGAAAUGCCCGUUGUAAGACAGGAGGAGUUGCUCUCUUGUGAUGCCUGUUCUCUGUCUGUGCUGACUGAGGAAGAAGCAUAGCUGAACAAUUUCAACUGCAUGAAUGGUUCUUGCAGUGCUAAAGCUUAGCACGGUGAAUCCUGAAUCCCACCCUCACCAACUGUUAGAGCAGAACACACUCUGCCCGUGCACCUUUUAGCAGAGAAGUCAAAAAUUAUGGUUCAUCUUCUAGAAUCACUCUUCUGUCUACAAUCCUGGAACAAGUACAUUGCUAUUUCUGUAAUAGGUUUGUUUGAAAGCAGCUUCAUCUAAUUUACCUCUGAUGGGAAAUAGAUGGUGGCUUCCCUGAUGUCUUUGUAUCUGUGACAUGUUAAAUGAGCUGCUGAGGAUGUAAUGGCACCACUAAGUGUGUGUGAACCUGAGAGUCCACAGGCUUUGGAAAACAGUGAAACAACCCAUUAAAAAAAUCACUGAGAGAUUAUAUAUACCCUCAGACUUGUAUUGAUGUUUUUAUCAAGUCACAGUAAUUAAAUCAUGAUUUUUUUGCACU